AUCACGGACCGGCCCACAGAGGAGGGAAAGGAAGUAUGGGAUUAUGUGACCAUCCGCAAGGAUGCCCACAUGUUCUGGUGGCUCUAUUAUGCCACGAACCCUUGCAAGAACUUCUCAGAACUGCCCCUGGUCAUGUGGCUUCAGGGUGGUCCAGGCGGGUCCAGCACUGGAUUUGGAAACUUCAAGGAAAUUGGGCCUCUUGAUAGUGAUCUCAAACCACGAAGAAGUACCUGGGUACAGCAAACCUCGGAGAUACUGCGAGUUCGGUUCUGGACCACCACAAUAAAGCGGCUCCAGUCAGCCAGUCUCCUAUUUGUGGAUAACCCUGUGGGCACUGGGUUCAGUUACGUGAACAAGAGUGAUGCAUAUGCCAAAGACCUCGCCACAGUGGCCUCAGACAUGAUGGUUCUCCUGAAGACUUUCUUUGAUUGCCACAAGGAAUUUCAGACGAUUCCAUUCUACAUUUUCUCAGAGUCCUACGGAGGCAAAAUGGCGGCUGGCAUUGGUCUAGAACUUUAUAAGGCCAUUCAGCAAGGGACCAUCCAGUGCAACUUUGCCGGCGUCGCUUUGGGUGACUCGUGGAUCUCCCCUGUUGAUUCGGUGCUCUCCUGGGGACCUUUCCUGUACAGCAUGUCUCUUCUCGACGACCAAGGCCUGGCAGAGGUGUCUCAGGUUGCAGAGGAUGUCCUGGAUGCCGUGAAUAAGGGGCUCUACAAAGAGGCCACCCAGCUGUGGGGGAAAGCAGAAAUGGUCAUUGAACAGAACACAGAUGGGGUGAACUUCUAUAACAUCUUAACUAAAAGCACUCCCACAUCUGCAGUGAAGUCGAGCCUUGAAUUCACCCAGAGCCCCCUGGUUCACCUUUACCAGCGCCACGUGAGACACCUACAGAAGGAUACCUUAAGUCAGCUCAUGAACGGUCCCAUCAGAAAGAAGCUCAGAAUUAUUCCUGAGGAUUGCUCCUGGGGAGGGCAGUCUGCCGAUGUCUUCCAGAACAUGGAGGGGGACUUCAUGAAGCCGGUCAUCAGCAUUGUGGAUGAGCUGCUGGAAGCCGGGGUCAAUGUGACCAUUUAUAACGGACAGCUCGAUCUCAUCGUGGACACCAUAGGUCAGGAGGCCUGGGUGCGGAAACUGAAGUGGGCAGAGCUGCCCAAAUUCAACCAGCUGAAGUGGAAGGCCGUGUACAGUGACCCGAACUCUUCAGAAACGUCUGCUUUCAUCAAGUCCUACAAGAACCUGGCUUUCUACUGGAUCCUCAGAGCCGGGCACAUGGUUCCUUCUGACCAAGGGGACAUGGCUCUGAAGAUGAUGAGGAUGGUGACUCAGCAGGAGUAGGAUGGACUGGCAGUGAGUUGCUUGGCCCUAGGGCUCGGGGGCCCAGAGUGAGGACCCGGGAAGCACCGGUCUCCUGCGAACCCGGCUGCCUGUGCGCGUGAAGGUUCCUGCCCGUGUGUCCAGAGAACAGACUCGCUGCCUCCGCGGCAACUUGGAAAUCAUUUCUGCUUCUGAAAAACCCCCAUUUUUUUCCAACGGAUUUGUUUUAAUCAAAAUGAAGAGUUGAAACAGGUUGACAUUUUGGUAUGACAAAAGUAAAUGAUGUGAUGUAUGGGGGGAAAAAAGAGAAAUACAGGUAAACAAAAUAAACACCCUUUUCCUCCCUUCCCUGGGACAAGCUCUGUUAUCAGUUUAGUGUCCAUCCUUGCAAGCCUUUUUUUUUUGCUAUAUAUGCAUAUAUGUUUUUUACAAAAAUGGAAUCAUUACUGUAUGUUGUUUGACUACCUGGCUCACAUAUCAGUUUGUCCUAAACGCCUCUUCAUGUCAAUAAAUGUUCUCCUAUAACAUUUUUAAUAGCUGCUGAGCAUUCCAUUUUGUGGAUGUACCAAAUGCGCAACUGUUUCAGGUGAGCAACGUCUAGUGUGUCUGCUAGAGACAGUGCUCUGGUGAUUCAUCCUGACAGUUAUAUUUUUAUACACAUCCUUCUUCUUUUCUUACAGCAAAUUCCUAAAGGCACAAUGGUUUAGUCAAAGAAUUAUAACUUCUCUUUAAAAUUGAAAUGAUGUCUUUAAUUUAAAAAGCAGGACCUCGGGGCGCCUGGGUGGCUCAGUCGUUAA